AUGCGAUACCAGGGUGAUCCGAUAAGAGAUUUGAUACUGAAGCACAUCGGUGAGCACGAGGCCUCAAAGAGGUUGGUGCUGAAGGUUGACAGUGUCUCACAAGAUGUCUCUGGUCUCCAACAAUUGAUUAAAGCCAACAGUUUGCGAGCAGCGGUGGACCUCACUGGUCAGCUGCUGACUGCAUGUGGGCAGGGGGCCAGGAGGGCCAACCAAAUUUCCACCAACACUCCUUACUCACUUCAGCUUUGGUUUGUAAGACUGUCCUUGCUUGCCCGCCUCAAUUUGUAUGGUCCAGCUGAAUGUGAGUGGGAGCCAUUUGGGAACCUUUCCAAUCCAGAUAUCUUCUAUGAGUUUUACCAGUCAACUUUUCCUAAUAGAAAAGGUUCUAUGGUUCCGUUUGGGAUGAGGAUCUUGCAUGCAGAACUUCCUCAACAUCUUGGCAGGUGCCAACAAUCACUCGAUCGACUCUACCACAUGCUCUCCAUUGUUAACAAGAUACAAGAAAAUUUGUUAUCCGAUAAAGAUGAAUAUGGGCUGCCAUCUUGUGAGAUAACAGUGAGUGAAAGAGAGGAAUGUAAGUUGAUUUGGAGGAAGAGAGAGGCAAGGCUGUUGUACUGCAUAUCUAACUGUUUGCUCAGCAUGAAGGACUAUUUGAACUGUCUGGCGACCUAUAGGUCAUUGUUGACCAAGGAUGUUGAACACAAGUCAGACAUUCACGAAGCCAUGGGCAGAGUUUACUUGCAGUUGGGUGACGUGGAGAGAGCCGAGAUGAACUUCUCCCUCAUACAGCCCUCUCACUUUCGAAAUGAGCAGCAGUACCUCUCGGCAAAGUUUCUCAACAGAGGUUUCAUCGACAUGAGCUUGGGGAGGUAUGCCGAGGCCUACAGUUCAUUCAAGCAUCUCUUUGAACAGGAUAAGAAUAAUUUAACGGCACUGAACAACAUGUGUGUUUGUGCAUUGUACCUUGGCAGACUGAGGGAGGCCCUCCGACAGUUGGAACUCAUCAUCUACACGUCCCCAAAAACAUUCCUUCAGGAGGUUGUGGUUUUGAACCUGUGCACUCUCUACGAGCUGGAGUCGUCGAGAGCCAUCGUCAAGAAGCAGAACCUGCUGAGACUCAUUGGACAGCACAGAGGAACAGGAUUCAACGUAUCCUGUCUGAAGAUGGCUUGAUGGGACUGACCUGCAUGUGACUGACUGAUGGGGCAGAGACGCCUGGUGGGACCCUUAAACAUGGAUGUGAUGAUGGGAGUAAUGGUGCUGAUUCAUGAUUGGAGAAAGGUAGAAAUGUUGAAUAAUGAUUUUGAUCGAUAGAUGAAUGGAUGGAUUAGGUAGGUAGAUAUAGGUAAGUGAUGAAUUUUUGUUGAAAAUAUAAGCAGAAAAUUGUAUAUAAACUAUAUUUAAUAAGGUUUUAGAAUGAAGUCAACAUUUAAUUACUUUAUACAUAUUUAUUUUUAUCACUUACUCUACAUUAAAUAUUCAUUUUGCUCUUA